GUUGGUACAUUCCUCUGGUACAGUAUUCAGGUUGGAGAUCCAUUCGUUCCAUGAAGGAGGGGGUGGGGGAACUGCUACCCACCAACCUUGCUGGAAGGCUUGGAGAGAGACUGACAGAGUCGGGUACUUGGCACCGGGUCCUCCUUUCCUCCCCUUCUCCUCUCUCUCUUUCUUGGGUGGCAUGACACUUUUUGGCCGCAGAGAAGGCUGCUGGAGAUAUAUAAACAUGGCCCAAGAGCCUAAACUGAGACAUACCAGGCCUGGUCAGAAGAGGCAGCACAGUGAGAGCCUAUAUCCGAGCAACUGUGACCUGGAUUAUGAGCUUUAUAAAGAUGAUUUGCCAUACAGGAUCUACGAAUGCCAGAAGAUCCCACCUCUUAUUGGACACAUUCCUAUCAAGACCAGGAGAAGCCAUCUAGGUGCUGAAAGUAAAAGCAGACUGAGCCCACACACAGACUUAAGAAGCAACAGCAAUCCCACAACAGGACGUACAAAAUUGCGAGCCGAAGAAUUGCACUCCAUCAAAGGGGAAUUAAGCCAGAUCAAAGUACAGGUGGACAAUUUGCUGGAAAGCCUCAAUCGGAUGGAUCAACAGCGGGAACACCCCACAGGUACCAAGGACAGCAAGAGGAAAUUGUUCACCAGCGUGGAUGCUUCCUCCCCGGCAGGAGAACUGAUCAGGAUGAAGGAAAGCGCCAAAAAUGAGGAUCACGCCCCUCAGCCAGAGGUUGACAGCGCAGAGGAGAGCACAGACACCGAAGAAGCCACGGCGGUGAGAAACCACACGCCGGAUCCCGAAGGAAGCAAGUAGGGAGGGCCACCUUGCUGGGAUCCCUCGCCAAGCGCUUCCUUUUCUAUGUAUUGCGUUUUCUUCCCAUGACUUCAGCUUGUGCAGCCUCCGACGUCGCUUCCUUGCAAUCCGUGCUGGUACAGAGGAGACAGGAGUCCAGCUGCAGCGUUGCUGGUGGAGAGCUUCCUACAGCUGGUGGAGAGCUUCCUACGUCAACUUAAGGGAGGACCUUGGGGUGCUGCUGUUAGAUAACAACCUUAAACAUAGGUCCAGGAUGGGAGAAAGGGGGAGUGAGGGGAAGGAAAAGCAGGCACUGCGACUGCACAUUUGUGGCUCCGAAAUAAACAGUAGCAAUGCGCUACAGAUGAAA